AUGAAUUGCCGUGCCCCUCGCCCGGAGGACCCAUCGGUUUUCCAUGCGGAUGAUUUUCCACUUCUGCCGGAGGCUGGGGCGCCCCCAGUGGGCCCGGGCUCUGAGGGUGUGCCUCUGGAGGCGUCGUCCCCAGCUGUCCCUACCUCUCCGUCUGCUGCUGGGUCCUCUGCUCUGUCUGUUGACUCUGAUGCUCUCGCGGCUCCUGCUUCAGGUUCAGUGUUACUAGCAUUGAGUACACCUGCUGGCAUUGAGAAUUUCCAGCUGGUUAUAAUCAACUGGGGACUCUUGUGGUCCAUCGCUAAAAAUGGCGAGUCGAGCGUGGUUGUGGACGCAGAAGCGUUCUUCUCCAGCGACCAUCAACCACCAACAUACAUGUCACACAGCCUAGGUGAAGCCACUUCCCAGCCUUCACCCAGGAAACAUUCACAACAUCAGUCAACCGAGAAUCAUCCAUAUCGACCCCAAGCAGCACAGGAGGAGCUCGCACGCGACAACCUCCUCCAGGGGCUGUGGGGGGAUUCAAGAACCACCUGUCGGGGUCUUAUUCUCGACCUCACCUCCAGCAGCAACACCACUCACCUCGUACUCAGGUUGGUGGAGAUGUCUGGACUGUGGCGGCUGCCGGAGACGGUGGUGGUAGCCAUAGGUGGGAGGGCGGGAGCCAGGGCCGUGCUCCUCCACCACAGUCUCCGUAACACUGUCCACGCCCUCUACCUGGCCCUCGACCACGCCCUCUACCUGGCCCUCGACCACGCCCUCUACCUGGCCCUCAACUACUCCUCCCGCCACCUGACACUCAACUACGCCUCCCUCCACCUGGCCCUAAACCUCCAAGAUGCCUCACUCUACACUGUACCACACAUUGACUCACGCUUUGGGGAGUACAUCCCGCCGGAAGCAAAUGACAAUAGUGUGAUGGUGUACCGCCGUUGUCUGUACUGCAACAACGGGGAGGCCGACGUCCAGCGCGUCCUACAGAAGAGCUUCACCUCCCUUCCUCUUCCACUGGACCAGCUCUUCCAAGAAACCUUUCAAGACUUUAUUGGUAAGAAGAUGAGAAUCAUAACAGCAUUCAGUUAUUUUCCAUACGUGGACUACAAGCGGGUCUGUAGCACCCUUGGGGCUCAAUUCGAGUAUAUGGACUGUCUGGACUCACGACUCGUUAACACCUUGGCUUCCAAACUCAAUUUCACAUUCGAAAUCUACGAGGACAUAAAUCAUGCUGUGGGAGUGGAGAAGAAUGGGAGCUACAGCGGGGUGAUUGGUUAUCUCCAGCGGGAAGAAAUGGACUUUUCUUCUAUAAUAGCGCCUACAGAAAAGCGCCUGAAAGCAAUAGGAUACAUGAAGACCUAUCCGUCCGACCAGUUCACAGUGACCUCCCUCAAGCCGAUGCUCUUGCCAAAAUACCUCGCUCUUAUACAGCCAUUUAGAGGAGAGCUGUGGGUGGCGCUGGUGGUGAGUGUUGUGGUGUGGGGCGCGACGCUGUGGCUGCUGCAGAGGGCGUGGCAGAAGGUGGCGGGAGGCCGUCGUGUGGACCUGACCUCCUCUCUCCUGUUUGGUUUUGGCGCGCUCCUUCAAAACCUGCCUUCAGACCCCUCCGUCAGCGUCUCUGGCAGGAUGUUGGUGGGUUGGUGGCUUGUGUCCUGCCUGAUAGUCACCACGGGGUUCACCUCGUCUCUGGUGGCGCACCUUACUGUACAAGGAAGGUCCCGGCCCCUGGAGACCUUCCAGGACCUGGUGAACCAGCCUGGCUGGAGAUGGGCAACAGAUCCAUGGAUGCUAACAGAAGCAAUUGUUGAUUACUUUGAGACACAUCCAAAUCCUGUUUUCAGAAAAGUUUAUCACAAAAUGGAGGUGCUGAAGGUGGACGAGGCACUGAAGAAGGUACUUGCGGGGGGAAUCUCCUUUAUUGGUUACAAGAACUACGUCACCAUCAUCGUGGAAGGUCGCUACACGGACGCGAGGGGCAACAAUCCCUUCUUCAUCAGCAACAAGGCAGUUCCUGUCUUAGCUGCCCUUGGCUUUGGCAUCAGGCGAGUAACCAUUCUAAGUAAAGUCGACUCUCGGUAA